AUGGUAAGCGCAUCAACCGCCGCAACACCGCGGGCUCUCUAUCAAAACCCGUCCCGGAGAUGGUCAUCUCUCUGGAACAAGCGCGCCGUUGCCUCGCAGCCCAAACCGGUGGCCCACAUCAUCGACGAGCCCAUCGACGAGGAGCUGCUCCCGGGCCAUCGCCUGACACGUUUCCAUCCGACGCGGCCCGGCGAGGUGCUGGACGGCAGAUUCAAGACCAUCGCCAAGCUCGGCUAUGGCACGAGCUCUACUGUCUGGCUGGCAGAGAAUCUCCGAUUUAAGAAAUGGAGGAAGUCGUCGGUUCCUCGCUACGUUAGUGUCAAGAUCGCGGCCCUCGAUAUAGAGGCAACCUGGGAGACGAGAAUAUCCAGGCUCAUUGCCGAAGCUCAGCCAUCACACGAAGGCUUAGACUUCAUCCGGAUACCCGUCGACGAGUUUCGACUGCCACAACCAGAGGGAACACACUCCUGUCUCGUCUACACGCCCAUGAGAGAAACUCUCUGCCAGCUACAGAGCAGACUGCGGCGACAGAGACUGGCACCGCCCCUGUUCAAGUUUUUCCUCUACUGCCUCCUCGAGGGGCUGGACUAUCUGCACACUACAUGUCAUCUCAUCCACACGGACAUCAAGGACGACAACAUCAUGGUGACAAUCGAAAGCGACGCCGUCUUGGCCGAAUUUGUCAAGCUCCACAAGAAGAACCCACAACCUGCGCAUGUUCGAGCCGACGACGGCCGUAUAACCUACCUCUCCCAAUCCGACUUUGGUCCUCUGAAAGGCCCACGACUGCUGCCCAAGCUAGCCGAUUUCAACCUCGCCUUCCCCGGACUAGCCGGGGAUGAAGGCCACCUCUCCGCCAUCCAGUCUCACCGGUUCCGCGCCCCAGAGGUGAUGCUCGGUUGUCCGUGGUCGUAUAGCACCGACAUCUGGAAUCUCGGGCUCCUGAUGUGGAACCUAUUAGAAGGCAUUAGCCUGUUCGACCGCCCCGCUGGUUACGAUGGCGAAUACGAUGCACACGUCCAUCUCGCCCAGAUGGUUACCCUACUCGGAGACCCGCCCAAGGAACUAAUCGAGCGGGAGCGGUUCUUUCGCAAGCACCAGCUCAAGACGCCCGUCAUGAACCCGCGCGGCAAGGAGUGCAAGAACAUGAAUGAGUUCUGGGGUGGUCCGUUUUUCGACGACCAUGAGACGGUGACAGAGCUGGCCGGCCACGAGAAAGAAGCAUUCCUCGACCUUGCUUCCGACAUGCUACAGUGGUUGCCCGAGAAGCGAAAGACGGCCAAAGAGCUACUGCAACAUCCCAUUUUCGAUUCGCUGAACCGAGAUCGUGUCCGAUGGCAGAGAGGUGGAUGA